AGUUGCAGGUGUGGUGAGGUGAGACUGCAAAUUUCAGACGAGGGGUAGGACUUAUCAAGUCAAAACAUUAGGUCUAUCCAACAUGGAGGACGAUGGUGGCACUGAAUACCUCAAGUUGCCUGUAGAGGAACGCUGUGUUCACAAGCUAUGGAAGGCCAGACUGAAUGGUUAUGAGGAAGCGACGAAAGUCUUUCAGAAGAUUGAUGAUGAGAAGUCACCUGAGUGGAAUAAGUAUGCUCCCCUCAUCAAGAAGUUUGUUGUUGAUUCCAAUGCUGCAGCUCAGGAAAAGGGCCUUGAAGCUGCACUUGCAUUUGUGGAGAACUCGAAACUCGCUUUGAAGACGGUGGGAGAUGUUAUGAAUGGGAUUGUGGGAAAAUGCUUAGGAGCACCAAAAGCAAAGACCAAAGAAAAUGCUAUGUCUGUUGCAUUGAUGUAUGUGGAAGUGGAGAAAUAUGACACAGUCCAGGAGGAACUCCUCAAGGGUUUUAGUCAGAAAAAUCCCAAAGUUGCUGCUGCAUGUGUAUCAGUUUUCACAUUGAUUCUCAGGGAAUUUGGACCCAAAGUAUUGAAUCUGAAAACUUUGAUGAAGCAAGUGCCUGUGAUCUUGGAUCAUCGUGAUGGUACUGUCAGAGAAGAGGGUAAGAAGUUAUGUAUAGAGUUGUACCGCUGGAUUGGUCCUGCUCUCAAGCCUUUCAUGCAAGACCUCAAGCCAGUCCAGGUGUCUGAACUUGAAGCUGAGUUUGAGAAAUUGCCAAAUGGAAAGCCCCAGCCAACACGAUUCCUUAGAUCUGAGCAAGAGAAGCGUGCAAAGCAAGCUGCUGAAACUGGAGGUGAUGAAGCUGAUGGGGGAACAAUGAAUGAUGGAAUGAGGUGCUUAAAACUCAGACUUCAAGUGAUCAUGUUCUCAUGA